AUCAACAGCCGAGCAGAGCAAUCUUCUUCUUCUUCGAUCUCUCGGCGAUGGCCAAGAUCCAGCCCCUCCCCGCGGCCCCAUCGCCGCCGUCCUCCGGUGAUCACCGCCAGGGCCAGCAGGCGUACACGGUGUGGAUGAAGUCGCUGGUGUUCAACGGCAACGGCUGCGCGGUGUACGGCCCCGACGGCGCCGUCGCCUUCCGCGUCGACAACUACGGCUGCAGGGGCGGCCGCGAGGUCUUCUUCAUGGACCGUCAGGGGAACGCCCUCAUCAGGAUCAGGCGCAAGGGCUUCGGCAUGUUCAGGAGGUGGGAGGUCUGCCGGUGCGAGGACGAGGAUGCGACGCCGUGGUUCACCGUGCGCCGAGCUGGCAAGGGCGGGGCCGCCGUUGCGAUGCACGGCGGCGCGGGGACAUGCUACAAGAUCGACGGGUGCUCUGCCAGCAAGACGGAGUACAAAGUCCGCGGCGUGGACGGCGCGGCCGUGGCGGAGGUGGCGCGGAAGCAGACGGCGGCCGGGGUGGUGCUGGGAGAGGACGUGCUGACGCUGACGGUGGCGCCGGAAAUGGAUCACCUGCUCGUCCUGGGUUUGGUCGUCGUGCGUGGCCUCAUCAACCGCUCCUUGUGACCCUCUUCUUCUAGCUCAGGAACGCCGUAGAUGGUGAGAGUAGGAACGCCGUAGGUGGUUCAUGUGACCAUUUUUUUCCUGACGAACAAUUCAGGAAGUUUUUGCCCAUGCCGAUUGGCAUGGUGAUUCUUUUUGUUGUAUGACUUUUUUUUUCCCUUUCUCAAAGGGUUUUUCGCGACCAUAGUUUCAACACAAUGAAACAAGGUUAUACACCGAUUGUAUAAAUCUUUGGAUGUGUUCGAUUUCCAGGUUGUCUAUGAGUUAUCCUCUGUUUGUGAGAGUAGUUAGUUUAGUUGUACAAUGAAACACAAAUGUUAGCCUAUGAAACUCCAAUAUAUGAAUCUAUGAUCCCACACAGAAUAAAUUGAGAGGCACCCAAAAUGUUUCUAAAAAUCUGAAUUAGUCCUCGGCCUCUUGGAGAAGAGGUUGGCGCACACAAAAACGUUAGCCAGUCACUACUCAUUGGCAGACGCAGCAAGCAGCUGUCGCACUGAAGAUGUCUCUGCGCGAAAAGAAUGUUCAAUAGGA